AUGAAAAAAUUUGAUUAUUUGUUGAUCAAGGAUAGUGAUUCCGACAGCUCUGAGGAGCCUAUUCGUUCCUCUCCAACUCGUAAGGAAGUUACUACUGGCUCUGCCUCUCAUGCAGCUACACCUGCGAGCAUAUCUGUAGUGCCUGUGAUUGUACCUACUGCAGAGCCCUCUAUAGGCAACCCAUCUGUGCAUGAGGACCCUGCAUUUUCUCAUGAGUUGGACUCAGCAUACAGAUUGAAAAGUCAUCCAGAGAACAUUAAGGGUUCUUCGCCCAAGAAAAGUGUUCCCAGAACUACUAAAUCUCCUUUGCAUGGGGAUCAUCAAUUCAUAUCCAAUACACUGCUUAAUAGAAGUGCCACACCGGUGGGACCUGCAAUUUCUCAAAGAAGAAACACUUCUUCAAGUAACAGCAAAUUAUUGCCUAAAUCUGAUAAUAUAAUGAGUUCACCAUCUCUCGUGGAAGAUGCGAGCUCAAUUUCUCACAAACUGAAUUGCAAAGGAAACAACAAAUCAGAACUUGCAAAUUCUUUUCAGGAGCAUAGUAAUGUAAUAAACAACAACACAUCUGAGCACUUGCGUCUUGCCUCUCAGCUCAAUACUGAUACAGUAGAGUCAACAAUGGAGUUGAAGCAGCCGUAUCAUGAACUAUCCAAGCGGAAUUCAUUAAUGGAGAGCUGUGAAGUGCCUACAUGUGAGGCGAAUUCUAUUACUCCAGUUUUCAGUACGGGUCAGACUUUACCCCAGGCAACUUCUCCUAUGUCAAAAAUACCAUCUUCACCUAAAGUAUAUGACCACAGACAUAUACCGGAUCAUAUGGGAGCAGAAACAUCUUUGCUCAUUGCUUCUACAAUGAAUGAAGAUCCAGUGCACACAGCAGGCGCAGGUAGCGGUGAUAGAGGGGAACCUCAAAUCACUUUUUCAUCGUCUGGACAACUAUCGUAUACACCACCGCCGUCAGUAAUGAGGAGUAAACACAAAGCUUCCAGCGGUUGUGGCAUUUUUUCAUUCUGCAGGAGACCCAGACACGCAGAAAUGGAGGAUAAUCAUAGAUCUCAUGUCUCUACUUCAUUAGGCGACAAUGUGGAGGCAUGUGUGUUUGAUCCAUAUUCUGAUUUACCUCAAAAUACCGAAGGUGUUUUAGCUAGUGUUUUAGACAAUGCUUCACCAUAUCACUCUCCAGCUGUGAUUCUGGAAGACCAAUCAAUUCAUCAAAUUUCCGUGUCUGAAGAGAAUCCAAAUAGACCCUCAGCUCCAAUUCAAGAUGAGAACGUGCCUUCUGUGUCGCAGCGACAAUUAUCCUCAACGCAUUUGUUCGUUAGUGAUAAGCUCCACCUUACUAAUCAACUUAAUAACGAUGCCUCUAAUAUGUCGUCAAAGCUCUCGACUUCUACAAUAUCUAAAAUCGAACAUCAACAGCCGACGUCAUACAAUGAUACAGUCCCAAUUACUGAGGCGAACAAUCAUGGUGAUACAGGCGUUCACGCGCAUGACGCGUAUCACAAUAUGAAUCAUUCUAUAAACAACGAAAAGGGAGCUUCAGUUGAGAAAGUAGAAAAGCCUGACACGAUUCAACUGGACGACACUGUUUCUAGAAAAGAUUUCUCACGGCCUUUGUUCCUUUCUCCAGGUGGGAGUGAGAAUAACUCUGGGAGUUCAGGCAAUACUAGAGGGAUGGGUUUUCAGAGCGCGGAUAAGACAUCGUUUUCCGCCGCGCACCACGGAUCUGUCCGUGAGGCUGCUGCGAUAUAUCGUGAUAGAGGUUCCAAGUCUAAGGGAGUAGCCCUUUUUGACUUAACCCCAAACAAAGCGGCCAGAUGUCCCAAGAUGCAUUCGAAAUUAUUAUCAAAGGGACUCUUUUUUUACACAGGUUCUCCUUCCAGCACUAAGGGCAGCAGUAAGGGGUAUCAGGUUGUAUCUGCCACUAAAGCCCUAGGAACUUCGGUGAAGCAAACUACAAAACAGAUGGGACUCGCUGCGAAGGCACAUUAUUUGAAUUCCUCAAUGGGAUCUACGCCGCUCAGAAAUAAAGAACACCAAGUAGAGGUAGCAAAAGCAGAGCAUGACGAACUCGACGAGUUUUCUGCUCUACCACCUUAUCAGCGUCGUAUCCUUCUGGAUUUACGUGAAGCAGAGCGAAGAGAACUUGAGGAGGUUGCGAAAAAAUGGCGAAACCUAACCUUUCGGCCCAAGAUUAAUAAAUAUCAGACCCAGGUUUUAGAAUGCAUUGAACCAUUUAGUGAACGACUUAGCAAACCGAGACGGCAGAAGUCCCCGAUACCAUGCCCUACUUCUGCUGAAAAGGUUUCCACUUUGAAUAAACUUCCUGGGCUCGAUCCACAACCGGCUGAAGAUAAGUUAUCUUGA